AUGUGGAAAUAUUUGCUAGUCCUUGGUCUCUCUUUUGCAGCAGACCCCAUCGCUCCUCACUGACCAAACACUUUUACCCAAACUUUUAACGAGACUUUUUGGAGCCCAAGCUAUGGUAAGCAAGUCACAAAUGGCACUUAUUACUAUGAUUGAACAACACAAAACACCAGAGUAGAUCGAGCUAAUGGAAGAUUUGACCCAAUGUGCGGUUUAAAUGGCUUCAAAAUUCUUGUAAAUUCUCCAUGCACACUUUAUACAGUUGGAGGGAACAGAUAUAUUUAUUAUCCAGAUGAUCCUUAUUGUUGCUGGUGCUGCAGUGAUCAAACGCAUUGUGGAUCAUUAUAUCCUACUUGGAUGGACAAUGGUACUUUUCUAGGGACAACAACUAAAAAUGGUGUGCCAGCUUAUUGGUGGAAUAAAGAAGGAAGCCAGCCAAAUUAUUAUUAUGAAACUGCGGCUACUGAUCCGAGCAAAAGAGUCAUGCUAGGGAUUUUUGAAGUUCCAAGUGAUGAAAAAAAUUUCAAUAGUAAUAUAGUUUAUAGUGUUCCUAAUGGCAUUUUUAACCUUCCAAGUAUUUGCGUUCCAAGUAACGUUUGCCCUGAAGCCUCAAUUUGUACUCAGUUAAGGGAAGCUGGCAAUAAAACAACCUCUGACCAUUAG